UUUCACUAGUGGGCGGAUGUUUGUAAACAAUUAUUUAACUUUAAAUCAAAUUUGUUGUAUGUAAACAGAGUUUUCUCAAAUCAACUUCCAAACGAAAUACACACAUAAAAAUGGUUAUUCAACGAAGUUGGAAAAUACAAACUGAAAACGGAAAGACCACAAGUAUUCUCCAAAUGAAUGCAACAUCCUCAUCUGAAGACUCCAAUGGAUCCAAUCAAACAAAUACUUCAAUAGCAACUUCAAUGACAAAUAAUUCUUUAUUGAAAAUGGAUCAAACUAAAUACGUGACAACCCCACAAAUGGCAGAAAAUGUCCUUGGCAGGCUUAAACAGCGUCUUGGCAGUCAUGUCAGUGGUCGGAAGUCGUCUUCAGAUGCUGCUAUGCGCUCGCUGGAACUUUUGCGUAUUACAAUUCAAAUUGCCUUUGACAAGGAAGUUGAUGCAAUAGCUAAAAAGUUUAUAGACAUGUACUUCAAACCAGCAUUUAAAAACAUCAAAGAAAAUUUGGGAGAUCACGCUGUUACAGAGGAAAUGGGCCAAAAAAUGAUAUGCGCUCUUUUGGAAAAUUCAAAAACUCAGUAUAAUCCCCAUCGCAAUAAGCCAACCGCUACAAUUUCACAAGUUCCUCUGAUUCCAGUCCAAAUUUCAACUGACCAAAGUAACACUAAACCUGAAAGUUCAACCCAGACUACAAUGGCGGUAAAACGCGCUGCACCUAAGCCCUCAAUACUAGAAUCCCCAGGUCAAACUCCCAAGAAACCUACAAUCAGCUCCACUGCACCCGCCGCUGGACAGCAGCAACCUUCCCAACCAAAUCAGCCAGCAUCACUCGUUCAGCAGCAGCAACUACCACAACAACAACAACAGCCAAACCGACCUCCAACUGUUGCUCCUCCAAGAAGGCAAAUAUUUUGGAACACUGCCGCCAUUUCCACUGAGACAAAUUUCGUUCUCGAUGUUCAGGCAAACCAAGCAUUUGGGUUUGGAACUGACGGAAAGGAACGUUUGGCCAGCAAACAUCCCGAGCUUAUUCGAUACCUCCCUGAUGGCCAAGACCGUGACUGGUUGGUUGAGCAGAAAAUUAUUCCCGCACAAAAUCGAAACUCUCGAUUUUUGUUCUUAAUUCACGACGAAGUUAAAACUCUUGGAGAAACUGCCCUCUAUAAGGAUCGAGAAAAUUUGAAUCUCUCGAUUUUACAUAUCUUUAAAAUUCCAAAUUUCAUAAUUCAAAAAAUGAAAUUAUUCUUCAUCGAUUUGAACAUCAAGAGUCGAGGAUUGAUAACAAAUUCAUAUUCAAAUAUUGCCAAUAGUAGUCAUUUGAGAAACGCCCUACUUCAAGGAAGUAAUCAAGCUGUAGUUUCAGCGUCAUCGGUAUCGGGGGGAACGACAACUUCAGUAGCAAGUAGUAUUAAUUCUUCGAAUAGUGUAUCAACUUCGACCGAUACAGUGACUAGCCAACCAAAGCCAAAGAGCUCUUUAAGCUCGUCUCAUGCUACUUUGACAGCUCUACUCACAAACAAUAAUAAUGGCGGCAGUGGGGUUGGAAACUCAAAAAUGGUGACGCAAAGUGAGCCAAAAUCAAAUGACAGCUGUCAAAAUGUAGGUAACUCGAUUGGGUCUUUGAAAAACGAAAAUGUCAAAAAGGAAUAAACAAGUUUCAAAGUUUUCAAAAAUUCUACCAACACUUAAAUACAUAUGUCAUUAUGAAUUCCGAGGGAAUUGUGCUUUGAUUCAUACUUUUCCUCAAAGAAUAAAUAGUAAAAAUAAUUGAUACUUACGAGUAUAUUGAUAAUUUUAAAUAAAUCAUUAAGGUAAAAUACAAAUGUU